GUUAUGCGUGCCGUAACAUCUCCACCUCCACCGCCCUUCAGAAUAGAACCCACGUGAGCUACGAUAUCAAAGGAGAUGUCGCUGUUGUGCGCUUUAACACCCCAAAUUCAAAGGUGAACACUCUAUCCAGACAACUGAACACGGAGUUUACUGAUGUCAUGAAUGAGAUCUGGGCCAAUGAAGAUGUCAAAAGUGCCGUCCUCAUCUCUUCCAAGCCAGGCUCCUUCAUUGCUGGAGCAGAUAUUGACAUGAUUAACAGCUGCAAGACUUCUCAGGAAGUGACUCAGCUCUCUCAGGAAGGACAGAAGAUGCUUGAAAAAAUCGAGCAGUCUCCAAAGCCCAUAGUUGCUGCCAUCAGUGGCUCCUGCCUGGGAGGAGGACUGGAGGUAUUGAACCAUUCGGGGGCUGACAAGCAGCAGUGGAGGUCGAUAGUGCUGGUUCUCUAA